UCGGCUCAGCGACGGUGAUCAGCCCUCUGGAGCUGAUCCGCACCAAGCUUCAGUCCCAGAAACAGUCGUACAGGCAGCUGACUGCCUGCAUCCGUUCAGCGGUGGAGGCAGAAGGCUGGCGGUCCCUCUGGAGGGGUUUGGGUCCCACGCUGCUCCGGGACGUGCCCUUCUCUGCUAUUUACUGGUACAACUACGAGAGGGGGAAGAGCUGGCUGUGUGAACGCCGCAAAACCAGGGAGCCCACGUUCAGCAUCACCUUCACAUCUGGAGCGGUGGCGGGCUCUACUGCAGCCAUCGUCACUUUACCAUUUGACGUGGUCAAAACCAGAAGGCAGGUAGAGCUGGGAGAGCUGCAAGCAAAAAAUUUGCCGUGUAAACUGUCUUCCUCCACCUUGGCUGUGAUGAGCAGGAUUGUGGCUCAGGACGGCUUUAAGGGGCUGUUUGCAGGUUUCUUGCCCAGGUUGAUCAAAGUGGCGCCCGCCUGUGCCAUCAUGAUCAGCUCGUACGAGUCUGGAAAAGCUUUUUUCCGCAAACGCAAUCAGGAGAGAAUACAGAGGUCGCUGCAGUAGCGCGUGACUUUCUUCUCUCUGGACUGGGGGGGGGACUGGGGGGGUCUGCCAAACUGAGACACAAUCAGAAAACACAAGUGAAAAAACAUCGUUGUUGUGAAACCUAUCUUAAUGGACGACAAAGUGUGUUUUUGAUCACCUAAAUACUGUUUUAUUACAUAUUGUGAUGCAUGGAGCAGCCAGCAGGGGGCAGCAACAGCUUGAUUAUUCAGUCUAGAGCCUGAAGCAUUUCUUUCCUGUUUUGUUUUAAGUUUGUUUGUGUGACAGACACAAUAAAGCUUUUUCUCAAAAACACA